UGCGCCGAAGAAGACCGCACGCAGUCAGAUUCACACACAACACUUUGCUCUCAUAAAACACACGCACAAGCGCGCAGCGCUGCCUGCUAGCGUUCUCCGUGUGUUUCCCUCCGUUUCGCCGCAGGACGUUUCUGCAGCUAUUGCGUAUGCAAGUUUGCCCUCUACCCCCGGCCAGAAGGAAUUGCCCGCGCCGCGUCAGGGUCUGUCUCUUCACGCCCGCCUCCUUUGUACCGGCUGCGUCUGAUUGACAUUCCUGCGGAUCAAAGAUCACUUCCAUUCGCUGUUAUGGAAACUCGCAGCUGCGGCAGUGGCGGCGGCUCGCUGUGAAACGGUGAAGUAGAUGGGAGAGCGCAGACCAUGACUCCGGAGCGGUCCCCGUGAAGAAUGGGGAUACAUAUGCAAUCAUGGCCAGAUCAGCAAACAGCAGAGCCACUGACGGGGACUCCCGGGUGUCAGCCCCGCCGGACCGGGCCGAGGUUCGGGACUUGUCCGACCCCAGGGAGCUGUCUUUAGAAGAAGUGCUGAAAUCCUACGAGCAGCCCAUUAACGAAGAGCAGGCGUGGGCGGUGUGCUACCAAUGCUGCAGCGGGCUGAGCGCGCCGCUCUUGGCGGCGGAGACCAGAGGACUCUCCCGAGUGAAGGAUCCGUCCUCUAUCCUCUUGUGCAGAGAUGGGACGGUGUCCUUGCAGAAAGAGCCAAGCACAGGCAAUGAUGAUGACAGAAGGCCACCCCAACUUCCUGUCCCAGAACGUCAGAUGGUGCAGUCCCUGGGUGUGGCGAUCUACCGUGCGCUGGACUGGGGUCUGGACGAGAGCGAGGAGCGGGAGCUGAGCCCGCGGCUGGAGAGGCUCAUCGAGCGCAUGGUUGGGGGAGAGGCCGGGAACGGCACUGCGGACGAGGGCUACAGCGGCCAGGAGGAGGAGGAGGAGGAGGAGGAGGAAGAGGAAGGGGAAGGGGGAACGCUGCGUGCGGUUUGCUCCUUCCGCCAGGCGAUGGCGCUAUGCGCCUCGCGCCUCGCCAACCCCGCGCUGGCCCCGGAGCACUACCAGGGCGUCUGCCGGGCCCUGUUUGUGGAGACCCUGGAGCUGCAGACCUUCCUCGCCAAGAUCCGAGAUGCCAAAGAGAUGCUGAAGAAAAUCCGGACUGAGGAUCCGCAGGAUGACAGAUGCACUGCUGAACUGGAUGCCCUGAAACACACGGACUGGGCCCGUCUCUGGGUGCAGUUGAUGAGGGAGCUGAGGCAGGGGGUGAAGCUGAAGAAGGUCCAGGAGCAGCAGUUCGAUCCGCUCCCCACAGAGUUCCGCCUCACGCCCUUCGAGAUGCUCAUGCAGGACAUCCGGGCCCGCAAGUUCCAGCUGCGCAAAGUCAUGGUGGACGGUGAUAUCCCCACGAGGGUAAAGCAAGACGCCCACGAGCUCAUUCUGGACUUCAUCAGGUCACGCCCCCCACUCAAACCCGUGUCAGAGCGGAGCCUCCGCCCCCCCCUACAGGAGCAGCAGUCCCUACACGAACGCAUCCUGGCCGAGAUCAAACAGGAGCGCAAGCUUCGACCCGUGGAGCCGCCCAGCUCCAAGAGAUCAUUCGGUUCCCUGCCCUGUCUGCUCCACACAUGCCCAUGUGACGUGAAGUCCACUUCCUGUAUUGAUCUGUCAAUCACGGAUUCCACUGUCCGCCCCCCGUCCCGACCGCGGGUCCUGCUGAAGGCUCCCACGCUGGCAGAAAUGGAAGAGAUGAACAUAUUUGAGGACGAAGAUUCCCCGGACGGCUCGGAGCUGCGGCGGACGGAGAGCUCGCCCACGCCCCUGAAGCGGGACCGCUCGUUCUCCGAGCACGACCUGGCCGAGCUGCGGGGAGCGCUGCUGCCCUCGCUGUCCGAGUCCGGCCAGCUGGGCGGCGCCGUGGCGCGGAGGCCCGAACGCCCGCGAUCGCGCACCCUGGGAGGGGGGGGGCCGCCCCCGCUGCACAGAGCCUCUUUCCCGGUGCACGGCUGGAUGCCUCCCUCUCCAGGGCUCCUGUGUGCCCCGCGGGGCUCCCUCAGUGCUGUGGAGGAGAGGGCAGAGGUGAAGGAGGUCGGGUCUCCAAACCAGGACAGCUUUCAACCACAGUGGAUGGAGGAGUUCAGUCACCCUGUGGAGAGCCUGGCCCUCACGGUGGAUGAGGUCAUCAAUGUACGCCGCGUGCUGGUGAAGGCUGAGAUGGAGAAGUUCCUGCCGAGUAAAGACCUGUAUAACAACCUGCGAAAGGGCAAGGUGUGUUGUUGCUGUAAAAUAAAGUUUCCUCUCUUCUCUUGGCCAUCAACUUGCCUGCUGUGUAAAAGGUCUGUCUGUGGAUCCUGCAGUGCCAAGAUGAAGAUUCCCUCCAAGAAGAUGGCACACAUCCCGGUUUACACUGUGGGGUUCGAGAGCGCCGCGGGCAGCCACGCCCGGAGGAGCGAGCUGUUUAAGUCGCUGCGGGGCCUCUCCCGGCGCUCGGUGGAGGAGGAGUUCCCCCACCUGUACGCGCACGGCUGCAGCCUGAGGGACGCGUGCGGGGACUGCUCCAAGUUCGUGGCCGACGUCAUCUCCUCCAGCCGCCGCAGCCUGGACCUCCUCAACAACACGCCCAAGCGCGAGAGGGCCCCGCCGAACGCCUCGCCACGCCCUAACGCCUCGGGCAGGAAGUACAUGUAGAGAGACGACUGACAAGAUGCCGUCAAUCCCCGUCCCCCCCGUCCCCUUUCCCCAAUGGAAUAUUCCUUCAUGUGUUGUGUGUGUGGGGGGAGGAUUGAAGAGACACACAUAGCCUUAUCACAUAGCUCCUCCCCCCCACCCCACCCCGCCCUCCACACCCCUGACCCCCUUACUCGCACGCUGCACACCUGAAACUGAGAUGGUGUUGAGGGAGGUGGACAGGGGGGGAGGAGUUUAGACUGAGGGAGGAGCUGAAGGAGACGUUGUUGGGACAUGUGGAGGGGUUGGGGAGAGAGAGAGAGAGAAAGAGAGAGAGAGUGAGGAACUAAAAUGGUGGGAGGAGACAGAGGGAGGAAGUUUACGUUUGUUUUCCCCGGUUGCCACUGAUUUUGAAUGUAUUAUUCUCGUAAACCCAUAAUCCCCCCCUUUCCAAGCUGAAAUGCCCCAUGUCCUCAGCUAGCUCUCUGUUCACAAUUGGUGAUGUCACAUAACCAUGCCGAAUUAGCCACGGAAAGCUAGAGUAAGCCUGGCAAACAGGAAGUCACGAGGUGGGCGGGGGGAGAGGGAGAGAGAGAGGGAGAGGCAGAGGGAGGGAGGGAGGGAAAGAGGUUUGGAUGCCAGAUGCUUUCGCUGUACAGAAACCAAGGACACUCCCUAUACAUCCAGCCUGACACCCCCAGCCUCCCACCACAGGCACAGACCAGCAGGCUGGUUCCCGCGCACCGGAAACGCGCCCGGGCAAAUGCCCCCCCGCUUCCUCCCGGCUGACGCUGCAGGCCGAUACCGUUUCCAGAAUGUUCCGAGGUGCGCGGCGAUGGGAUUUGGGUCCGCGGCGCUCCUCUGCCGGAGGCGGUGUAGCGACAGGACCGCGUGAAAGUCACAGGACACGCAGGCCGACCUGGUUCUGAACGAGUUCGCAGUCCGACCUAGGACUCCAUCUCACACCGGUCCUCAUCUCCUCUGCCUCAGGGUCGCCUGUAACGUCUCCCUCCCCCUGGACCUCCUUUGACCCUCUCUCCCUCCCCCUGGACCUCCUUUGACCCCCCUUCCCUUCCCCCCUUCUCCAGAUUUUCUUCUGACCAAUUUUAUUGUCAACACUCAAUAAACCUCAACUGCAAUAAAGCAUAAGAACAAAAAGUA